AUGGCAUUUGGAGAUAAGAGUCAAGAGCCAACGGAAAUAUUCUUAAAGAACGAGAAACUAAGUAUACACGAUCUCCCAAUAUUCUCACGUAACAAAUUAUCCCAAUAUAACGGUACAGAUAAACCACAGAUAUACGUUGCGAUUAGGGGUUAUAUCUACGACGUCACUGCCAAUUCCAAAAGCUACGGACCUGGUAAAGGAUAUCAUGCAUUUGUUGGUAAGGAUGCUAGUAGAAUGUUGGGAUUGAACAAGUUAAAAUUACCAGAAGGUGAGGAGUCAUGGUACACCGAUGAUUUGGAUGAUAAACAACAAAAGAUUAUCGACGAUUGGACAGUUUUCUUCAAGAGGAGAUACAAUAUAGUUGGUCUCGUAGUUGAUCACUGUUAG